GAUCACAAGUCAAUCUAAACAAUUGAAGUAGAUACACCUAUUGAUUUAUUUGCGUUAAAAUGAAAGUUUUAAUAGUUGCUGUCAGUAUUUUUGCAAUUCUUCCUUCAUUGCAAGGAUAUGCUCUUCCGCAACAUCCAUGCGAAGGAAAGAAGUCAAACGAAAUGGUUCUUGGUUUUUUUGGUUGUAAUGUAUUUUUUAUAUGCAAUGGUAAAAAUGGUGGCGAAAGACGAGUUUGUCUAAAAGGAUAUCAUUUUGAUUUGGAGAAAAAAUCUUGUCAAUAUAAUGGAAAACAUUUUGAAUGUAAAAAUAAUAAUUAUCCUUGGGGACAAUUAUGUCAAACUGCUGGAGAACGAUACUAUCCAAUGAUUGGCAAUUGUAAUGGUUUUUAUCAAUGUGAUAAUGGAAAAUUAGUUGAGAAAGAAUGUCCUAAAGGUUUGCAUUUCAAUCCAAAAAUUAAUGUUUGUGAUUAUCCAACAAAUGUUAACUGUAGAUGGGGAAAAUCUGAAAAUAUUUAAAAUUUUCUUAACGAAAUGUAGAAAAAGAUUAUUUUUUUGUAUAAUAUUUCGGUAACAGUUUAAAAAAUUGAACUUUUUGUUAAAAAAUUUGUAAAACAAUAAAAGCAAAUAUGUACAUUUUUUUUAAGAAUUUAAUGAAGUUUUUUUUCUCCAACAAAAAUAAAAAUAACGGGUUUCCUCAGUAAAAUUACGAUGGUCUCCUCAAAUUUAGGGGGUAUCCUGGUAAAGUUCCAGAAUUCCUUGGUAAAUCAAAGGUUUUUGGGGUAAAAUCACGAGUCCUGCAAUAAAAUCACAUAUUUAGUAUGAAAAAUCACAGAUCGCUCCGAUAAAAUUACAGGUUUCAUCAGUUUACCUACGAGUCACCUAAAAAAUCAUGGCUUUCCCCAGUAAAAUUAAAGAUUGAUCUGGUAAAAAAAAACGGGUUUCUGUGGUUAAUGUUAAUGAGCUUGCUAAAUUCACGGGGUUUAUUGGUAAAAUUCAAGAUGGUUCCGUGGAGUAUAAUAGUUUUUUUUUUAGAAAAAUCACGAGCAGUUUAUUACAAUUACGGGUUUGACAUGUAAAAUCACUGAUCACUCCGGUAGAAUCACAGGUUUCUUCAAUAAAACUAUAAGUCACCUGAAGAAAGUCAAGGACUUCCUCAGAAAAAUAGAGGAAUGAUCCAGCAACAUUACAGGUCUCAUCAAAAAAAUACGAUGGCUUUUGGUAGAAUCACGGGUGAAGCACUUGCAAUGCAAUCUCAGGUAUCACUCAUGGGCUCCCGAGUAAAAAAAGAAUAGUGCACCAUAGCUGCACCACCGCCAUUUGGCGAAAAAUUUCGGAGCACCACGCACAGUGUGCAAUUUUCGCAAUCUAGCUGUACUUUAAUGAAAAAUAUAUGUCUCCCAAAUCAAACAAAAUUGGUAUCAAUGGAAAGGUAAAACCUCAGACAAUAGAAUGGCAAAAAAAAACAACAAGAAAACAGCUGUAUUUACCGUUCCACAAAAUCACAAACAUCAGCUUGGUUUAAGAGAAAAAAAAUUUAAAGCUCAUUGCUUUUCUUGUGUCACUUUGAUAAGAGCGUGGUGAAGUAAAAUGAAAGUUGUGUAAAUUAAAUUUAUUUUUUUUAUUUUAAGUAACAUUUAAGAAAUAUUUAAGGUAAGUUAAUUUUUGUGUGCACUAAAAAAUAAAAAAAUAAAAAUUAUUUGUGUGAAGACCUAAAGAGUGUUGUUU